AUGCGUUUCUUGGACAAGCAGACCUACACUGUUUGGUGCCUGUCACCGGCCUCCAGCAACGGCGUGGACGUCUCCAAAGCCCUAGCAGAGGCUUUUGGCGGGCACCCGCUGGAUUUGGAGGAGCUUUGCCUCCCGCAGCCGGACACGGUUCCGCUGUCGGAGUUGGGCUACAACCUUAUCAGUGGCCUCCACAACGAAGGCAAGUUCACAGCUUAUCUCGCCCGAAUAGCAGAGCACAUGGGUGCCGAGGUCGUGGACGGCGUCGGACUGGCUGCUUUCGCCAAGGUCUACCUGGACAACAAAGGUCCGGGCUUUCAAUACACGGACGUGGUCAAAGACAUGUACCAGUCCCCUUGGAUGAAGGUCAGCCCGUACGCCGCCUGCAUCUCGAACCGCAAUGCCUCCUCGCAAGACGUGGAGGUGGCCAUCGCCUGGGGCUGUCAACAUCUUACAGGCGAGUGGAACUGCAAUCAUAUCGACAAAGGCUGCCAAAGUGACGUCUUCGCCAAAGGCGAUUGGGUCUUUAGCCGCUAUUAUCGACAUGCGCAGACUGGGUCCAACUCCCUGGAGCAAUGCAACUUCCACGGUGCGGCCAUGUUUGCCAGCCCACACGUGUAUCGGCGCGUUGCUUCAAGCUGCAUCCUCGCAGACGAUGAGUUGUCGGCCAAGCUGUGA